AUGCAUUGGUUGACGUUUUUUAUGUAAAUAGAUUGACGUUUCGUUAAAUUAUGUACCUUUUUAAUAAGAUAAUAAAAAUUGUGUUUAUCGUUUAGCCGGUCUGUAGAUUGAUUUUAUUCAUGAUGCUAUCAAGCCACAUAUUCAACUUGUUUAAACUGUUUUCAUUUCUGUGUGAGUAGUGGUAGCACCAAAUGUGUAGACGCGUUUGCUGCGCUUCUGAAAUGCAAAAAAAUGGUAACUCUAAUCAGCGAAUUACAUUUCUGGACUAGCAAAGACACUAUAUCCAUCAGAGAGACAGAUUAUGCUGCUUUCAAAUACCAUGAAAAGAAAACACCUUGUAAUGCACCUUUACAAGUGGCAAAAAAAACCUACACGGAAAAGAGAGGGAUGUUUUGGAUCCCUCCUAACAAAAGGCCAGUGAAACUACGAGAUUCUCUGAAGGAAUUGGAGGAUUUACUAGAUCAGCAAUGUGUCAUUAAAGCUGUGUGGCGCGACAGUUGCUCCCUGUUACUUGUUUUAAGCUCUGGUCUUUUGGUCAAUGCAGCUGUUAAUCCAAUAUCUGGGGAUUUGGUCAACAUUUCAUUUGACAAAUAUUUAGUUGGAAAGUUGCUCACUGACUAUUUGAAUGAUUUUGUAUUGAUGAAACAGCACUUCCUUUGUUCGUUCAAUGAACAUCAGUUGACUUUAGUGUACAUGUCAAAACCCCCUGUGAAGAAGAUAAAUCUUUACAAGAAACUGGCACACACUGAUCCAAAACUAUCCUCUGUGGAGUUAGAGGGCCCAACUGGUCGUAGAAUAGAAAAGCACUUAUCUGCCAAUGUUUCUGGAGAUUUGGUUCUAGUGUGGUGGCGGAAUGCUAAUGAUGAAGUGUUUCCUUGGAGACCUGUAGUCAGAGAUGUGGAUCGUGCUAAUGUGCAGAUUUUCGAAAUUAACGGAAUGAAGGCCUCAUUAGCUUGCUUUCUCAGAACUGAGCACGAAAUUUUAGACAUCAAAUUCAGUCAGCUCUAUCCUAACAUUCUUCACUCCAUUGAACAGAAAAUCUCAAGAAAGGGAGACGUAACUAUAGAAAGCAGUGAGUAUGAGGUACUGAAGCCUAAGCUUCUGAGAGUGAACCAAAUUUCAAUUCCAUUGCAAACUCAUGUCUGUUCCUCAGCGACUAGUCCUGAUGAUACCAAGUUAUUGCUCAGCUGCAUUGAUGGAACUUUAGUACUUCAUGAUUCUGUCCGGGCUGUGACAAAUUUUGUCAAGGCAGCAUUUAUUGCAACUAUUUUGUGUUGGCAUCCAGAUUCCUCUAUUGUAAUUGUAAGCAAUGAACGGAGCCAGUUCCAAUGUUUUGAUUUGUCACUGUCAUGCAUCAAACUACAGCUAAUUAGUGAAGACAUUGCACCAUCAACAAUACUCGAUUUUGGACGUUAUUUCAAACACCAAGCUACUCUGCUUAACAUUGAAUGGAAUUUGAAACCCAGCCUCUCUGCAGAAUGUGAUAGUCUCAUUUUACUUCUUUUUGAGAGAGGACCUCUGGCUAUCUUACGAAUCAUAGGAAGUGACUCAAGCUUGACUGCGGAUGCUUUAGUCGCUCAGUAUUUGAGCUUCAAUCAGACAGACAAGGCAAUAAACAUUCUGUUGUGUUUGGAUUGGAAUUCUACUCCCUCAGCUUGUCUAGCCUGUCUCCAUUUGAUUACCAACCAUAUUUUCCGAUUGCCAUUCACGUCAGAAAGAGAGGUUCAACUCCAAACGGCCCUUGGUAGUUUUCACUUACCUCUGCAUCCAAUCAAUCCUGCCGUGGAAAUGGAAUAUGGUGAUCCAGUUAGAGAUUUGACCCGAAGAUUUUUUCAUCAACUUGUAAGGUACCAGCUUUUUGAAAAAGCUUUCAGACUAGGAAUCGAUCUACAUGAACACGAUCUAUUUCUGGACUUAUAUUAUUAUGCUAAAUCCAUCAAUAAUAUGGAAAUGGCCAAUGCAGCAUGGGAAAAAUCUCAAGAAAUAGCAGACGAAUGUUCAACUUCAGGUUCAACCCAGAGUGAUUGUUCGCGGUCUUCUUGUUCGAAAUGCUCGCAUGGUGACAGUGCCAGUGAACAUUCAGAUGGAAAUGUUCCUCUUCUUGCUCAACUUCCACCGCCUUUGCCUAUUGUUCGCCCCCCUCCUACUCCAUCCUCAUCAUCAACCGUCCAAAACUCACACAAGCAGAAAGUCAAGUUUUCAGACACUGUUACUCACAUAACUGUACCGAAUAUCUCACCUCAACCUGAAAUAAAUUCUGAGGAAUUGAUUGAUGUACCUAAUUCCAGCAGGAAUUUCACUUCAAACUCAUUGAAUUUCCAACAAUCACCAUCGUCAAGCUCCAAACAGGAUCCUCUACCAAAAGUCACUAUACCAUUGACUAAAGAUUAUCUGAAGCAUUUGACUAAGUCAGCCAUCAAGACAAGUCGUGAUGACGGAGAAAGCAAAAAUAUAAAGGUUGUUCACUUUGGUGUAGUAUGAAGAAGGACUUAAUGGAACUCACAGAUAAAAAUGUUACAUCUGCUUUCAUAUUGAAAUUUGAGCCAUUUUAACAGUAUUUUUUUAAAAAAAUAUUUGCCAUUUUAUUUUAGUUAAGCGUUAACAAUCAAUUGUUUUUGUACUCCUUGUUGACUGUUGAUUUUAUCAUGAUAAGUAUUUUCCCUGAGCAGAAGGAAGGUUUGUAAUUGAUUUUAAAUUACAAUUUUCCUCAACAAUUACAAUUAUUAUUCGUUUAGUGAAGUUCACUUGUGUCUCAAAGACUUGUAAUGAUUGCUCACUCUCUGCAAAUUUUGCAGAGUAAGUCUUUCCCCGUCCAGUUUUUUUCAUUAUUACUCAUUGUGCUUUAGACUUUAUUUUUAACUGCAAUAUUUUGCUGUAAUAGUAUGUAUUUUUUAUAGAAAUGUAUCUGGCUUUCAAAAAGAUGGAUGGGCUCCGUUUUAAAUGAAAGACUAAGGGAUAGAGGAAUCUGAGAAACCAAAAAAAAUAAAAAUAAAAAAAAAGUGGUAUAUUGCACACCAGUUCGAUUAUGUCAAGAACCCAGGACAAAUCACCCAAAUGCGAUGAAGGUAUACUUCAUGUGUACCGGAUCCCAAAACGUUCCUUUGCCCAUUGAUUUUCUAGAAACGUCGAGGAAUUGAUACUCAAAUUGACCAGUUCAAGUGCCUAAUUUUUGUAAAUUGAGUUGAUAUUUGAACAAAUUGGAACCUAAAAAAGUUCAAUUUCAAUGUAGAUCUUAAUGCAUCACUCUGAAGUUUUGCCUUGCACUCAAUGUUUUGUAAGAGGCCUUGUGUACCCUCUCCCUCACUUCUAAUCAUCUUGAUCGUUUAUUAUUUUCAAUGUAAAGAAUAUGGUGCCUUCUUAACUUGCAUUUUUAGGCACUGUUGCAUUUGCUGUCCGCCUGUAGCACUCCUUUCAACUUUUAUUUGUAUGUGACACUAAAUUUUUUUGACCUGAUAAAAAAAGGUAGAAAAAAUAAGCAACCAUGUGUGAACUAAAUUAGUCAUUGAAGUUGAUGAAGGUCCGAAAAAGGCUUCUCAAACAUAUUGCAGCAACUCUUUAAAAAUGGACCAAUUUUUAAAAAAAUGCAUCAAAUUAGAACAGAGAGCAAAAGGUUUGAAGUUUUAUUCCACCUCAAAACUAAAUGUUGAGGACAAGGUGUAAUGACUAUUUUCAUGUUCAAAAUAUUAUCCUCAACUUUAAACUAUCAACAGGAGAAAAUCUUUGACUAAUUGAAUAGAAAAUUACACCCUACUCAUUAUUAUUUUUCUUUUCUUUCUUUUUUUCCAAAAAUGCGUUUUGGUGUGUUUUUGUUCAACUGGGUGCAACUAUGUCUGCAACCCAGAAGUGUCUGUUUACAAGCUGAGAGUUAACAGAGAUGACGCCGAUAUACUUUUUCAUUCAUUUUUCAUUUUUAAGAGCCGAUUUUGUUUUGAACCGAAGCGGUCAAGAGGCUAUGAUGCUAUUUGAGUCAUUGGUGUUGUUAUCCAUGCAUAAAAGUCGCUCCUACAAUGUGCUCUGGUGUUUUGCGACACCCAAACGCCAUAUGCACCUAUCCUCCCAGA